AUGACUUGUAACCCUGCUUGGCCAGAGAUAAAAGAAGCCAUGUUACGUACAGAUGAAGCUCACAACCGACCAGAUCACCUAUCAAGAGUGUUUCAUGCAAAGGUCAACAUUUUAAAGGAAGAUUUAUUCAAAAAGCAUAUAUUUGGAGAUGUAGCGGCAUAUACUUAUGUUGUGGAAUUCCAGAAACGUGGACUACCACAUAUUCAUAUGCUUAUUAUUCUGCAGCCGAGAUCAAAAUUAUAUUCGACAGAAUCCUAUGAUCGAAUUGUGUCUGCUGAAAUACUAGAUGAACAAGCAAAUAAACAUCUAUUUAAUAUGGUUCGAAAGCACAUGAUGCAUGGCCCAUGUGGAUCAAAAAAUCCAAAGAACGUGUGUAUGCAAGGCUCAUUUAUGAGAAGGUGCAGAAAUAAUUAUCCCAAGAAAUGGGCUAGCAGAACAACUCAUGGAAACAACACCUAUCCAACUUAUAGGCGAAGAAAUGAUGGCAAGAAAAUCAUUGGCCGUGGGCAAGAACUCGAUAACAGGUGGGUAGUUCCAUACAACCCCUAUUUACUUGCGAAAUUUAAUUGUCAUAUCAAUGUUGAGAUAUGUUCUACUAUUAAAGCUGUUACAUAUAUCUAUAAAUAUAUCUACAAAGGACAUGAUAAGAUACAUUUUCAGGUUAACAAUGAUAAUGAACCAAUAGCUAAUACCCAACCAACUCAGAUUGAUGAAAUUACAGAAUAUCAAUCAGCUAGAUGGGUAUGCCCAGUUGAAGCUAUAUGGCGUAUUUAUAGAUUUUCGUUAUCUGAAAUGCAUCCUGCAGUUAUUCAUCUUCAGCUACACCUUGAGAAUUUUCAGUGCAUGACUUUUAAUGAAAAAGAAGAUUUAUGA